ACAACUACCACAUCACCUACAACAACUACUACAUCACCUACAACAACUUCCACAUCACCUACAACAAGUACCACAUCACCUACAACAAGUACCACAUCACCUACAACAAUAAUUAGAGGAUCCACUAAUAUGAGGUCCACACAUGUGACCGCACAGAUGAAUCUCACCACACCAUUUAAUUUGACCACGACUAUGAGCACUACGUCUACAACUCAAGUUCCCCUCACAUUUGGAAGCUGUGCAAUGGCGGGCAUGUGCUGUCCUGGACAUAACAACUCCUGCCAAGCCAAUAAUUGUUUUUGUGAUGUUGUAUGUUUGAGACUGCAUGACUGCUGCCCUGAUUUCAAGCCCACCUGCCUUACAGUCAAUAACAGCACCAACACCAGCACCAGCACACCAAGCACCUUGCCAUUGACAGGGAAUUGUUCAGCAGAACCGGCUCUUUGCUGUCCUGGGAAUAACGUCAGCUGUUUCAGAGGCUGUUUUUGUGAUGAAAUGUGUAAACAACACAACGACUGCUGCCCCGACUUCAAUGGCACAUGCUCUCAGAGUAUCACCUCUCCACCUGUGUUUACUCCAAGUACCACAUCGCCUACAACAACUACAACAUCACCUACAACAACUACUACAUCACCUACAACAAGUACCACAUCACCUACAACAAGUACCACAUCACCUACAACAAGUACCACAUCACCUACAACAACUACCACAUCACCUACAACAACUACCACAUCACCUACAACAACUACUACAUCACCUACAACUACUACAUCACCUACAACAAGUACCACAUCACCUACAACAACUACCACAUCACCUACAACAACUAACACAUCACCUACAACAAGUACCACAUCACCUACAACAACUACCACAUCACAUACAACAACUACCACAUCACCUACAACAAGUACCACAUCACCUACAACAACUACCACAUCACAUACAACAACUACCACAUCACCUACAACAAGUACCACAUCACCUACAACAAGUACCACAUCACCUACAACAACUACCACAUCACCUACAACAACUACUACAUCACCUACAACAAGUACCACAUCACCUACAACAACUACCACAUCACCUACAACAAGUACCACAUCACCUACAACAAGUACCACAUCACCUACAACAGUAAUUAGAGGAUCCACUAAUAUGAAGUCCACACAUGUGACCACACAGAUGAAUCUCACCACACCAUUUAAUUUGACCACGACUAUGAGCACUACGUCUACAACUCAAGUUCCCCUCACAUUUGGAAGCUGUGCAAUGGCGGGCAUGUGCUGUCCUGGACAAAACAACUCCUGCCGCGCCAAUAAUUGUUUUUGUGAUGUUAUUUGUUUGAGACUGCAUGACUGCUGCCCUGAUUUCAAGCCCACCUGCCUUACAGUCAAUAACAGCACCAGCACCAACACCAGCACCAGCACACCAAGCACCUUGCCAUUGACAGGGAAUUGUUCAGCAGAACCGGCUCUUUGCUGUCCUGGGAAUAACGUCAGCUGUUUCAGAGGCUGUUUUUGUGAUGAAAUGUGUAAACAACACAACGACUGCUGCCCCGACUUCAAUGGCACAUGCUCACCUACAAAUCUAACAACAGCCGUUCCUAGCACAAAUGUGACACCAGAGCCGUCCAAUCGAACAGCUCAGAUGAACACAACUGCAAAUACAGAUGUUCUCUCAAUACUCGCUAAUUUGGAAGUUGAAAUUUUGGCACCGGAGUCGUCCACAGAAAUAGAGCACAAGGCGGCACUGCUGCAGAUUGCUCGUUCGCUGGAGGAACUCCUAAGACAAAACAAUACUGACAUCUUCUCUUUUGAGGUCUCAAGAAUUGCUGUUUAUGAGGAGCCAUGUGGUUGAGUCAGAAAUCGGCCAAUGCUUCAUGAAAUAUAUAGUUAAAAAAUCACUGCAGGGCACUUUAAAUACUUAAUUUUGGGAACCAAUCAGUCAUGAUUAUUUUGUAAAAAAGCAUUAAAAAAUGUAAUUUGUUCAAAUCAUUGCUUAUGUGCCAGAUACAAUGUACGGUACCAUCUUCUGUUAAACAGGAGUGGUGGUGGCGUAGUGGGCUAAAGCACGUAACUGGUAAUCAGAAGGUUGCUGGUUCGACCCCCACAGUCACCAUCAUUGUGUCCUUGAGUAAGGCACUUAACUCCAGGUUGCUCCGGGGGGAUUGUCCCUGUAAUAAGUGCUCUGUAAGUCACUUUGGAUAAAAGCGUCUGCCAAAUGCAUAAAUGUAAAUCUUAAAAAUCUGCUUAUUAUAUGUGUGAAAUGGCCUCAAGCAAACCUCUAGAUAAAGAGUGUAAUUUUAGCACU